GGAGGCCUUAGGACAUAACCUAAAUUCAGACAAUAGUUUUUCUCAGACAUGAUCAGAAACAUGGGAGAAUUGAUCUGGUCUGGUGUUCUUGUUCUGGUGUGGUUAACCCCUAGGGUUUUCACACAGCUGCAGGAAUCACAAGUGCCUUGUUUCUUCAUAUUUGGUGACUCUUUGGUAGACAAUGGUAAUAAUAACAGGCUACUUACACUUGCUAGGGCUAAUUACAGACCUUAUGGUAUCGACUUUCCGCUAGGUGCCACCGGCCGAUUUACCAAUGGGAGAACUUAUGUUGAUGCUCUAGCUCAACUUCUAGGGUUUCGAAACUAUAUUCCACCCUAUGAAAGAACUCGAGGCCGUGCAAUUUUAAGGGGAGUGAAUUAUGCAUCUGGAGCAGCUGGUAUUAGAGAUGAAACAGGAAACAAUCUGGGAGAUCACACAUCAAUGAACCAGCAGGUAAAAAAUUUUGGCAAUACAGUGGAAGAAAUGAGGAGAUUUUUCAGAGGGGAUGCAAAUGCAUUGAAUAGCUAUUUGAGCAGAUGCAUUUUGUAUUCUGGAAUGGGAAGCAAUGACUAUCUUAACAACUAUUUUAUGCCUGAUUUCUACUCUACUAGCUCUGAUUACACUACCAAAGCUUUUGCUGCUGUGCUUCUUCAGGAUUAUUCUCGCCAAUUAAUGCAACUGUAUGAAUUGGGAGCUCGGAAAGUGAUAGUAACAGGAGUAGGCCAAAUUGGGUGCAUACCAUAUCAACUGGCGAGGUACAAUGGAAACUCAAGCCGCUGCAAUGAGAAGAUAAAUCAGGCCAUUUCUCUUUUCAACUCAGGACUCUUGAAGCUCACUCAAUCUUUCAAUAAUGGCCAACUUCCUGGUGCCAAAUUUGUUUAUCUUGAUUCUUAUAAAAGCACCAAUGAUUUUUAUCUCAAUGCCUCCUCUUAUGGAUUUGAAGUGGUAGACAAAGGAUGCUGUGGAGUGGGAAGGAACAAUGGGCAGAUAACAUGUCUUCCUCUACAACAACCUUGUGAAGAUCGAAGAAAAUACUUAUUUUGGGAUGCCUUUCAUCCAACUGAAUUGGCUAAUAUUUUACUUGCUAAAUCUACUUUUACUUCUAACUCUUACAUUUAUCCCAUUAACAUCCAGCAACUCGCUAUGUCAUGACAGAUUCUCAUCUCCUACCUGUCUCAGUUUUUCAUUUAUCAAGUAUUCUGAUGUAAUCUCAUCAUUUAUUUAAUAAUUAAAUAAAAUAAAGAAGAGUCAUUUUAUUU